AUGAGCCGUGGCGCCUCCUCCUGGUGCAGUCUCAUGCUCUGACGGCCCACGUGCAUCGCGGCCCAGGGCUUACGCAUCCAUGUCUACUUAUACUUCCAAGUGCUGAGUCUUGGGGAUAUUCGAUGCAUCUUCACAGCCACACCUGCCAAGGACUUUGGUGGGAUAUUUCAUACAUGGUAUAAGCAGAUUCACCUCGUCCCUGCUGAACCUCCAGAGGCCUGUGGGGAACUCAGCAACCACUUCUUUAUCCAGGACCAGAUCGCUCUGGUGGAAAGGGGGGGCUGCUCCUUCCUCUCUAAGACCAGGGUGGUACAGGAGCAUGGUGGGCNGGCNGUGAUCAUCUCGGACAAUGCAGUUGACAAUGACAGUUUCUACGUGGAGNUGAUCCAGGAUAGUACUCAANGCACAGCUGACAUUCCUGCCCUCUUCCUGCUCGGCCGAGAUGGCUACAUGAUCCGCNGUUCUCUGGAACAGCACGGGCUACCAUGGGCCAUCAUCUCUAUCCCAGUCAAUGUCACCAGUAUCCCUACCUUUGAGCUACUGCAACCUCCGUGGACUUUCUGGUAG